AUGUCUGACCAAUUGGACAAGGAUCGAGCGAUUCGCAAGCAGCAGGAUGAAGAAUAUGCGGCGAGUCUUGCCAAGGAUAAAGCGAGACACGAGGAGAAAGUCAAAAAGCAAAUCGCCGAGAUUGAGAGUAAUGAGCGUCGAAAAACUAUCGAACAAUAUCGGGAGAAAUUGACAGACUUGAAAACGUCGGGAAAUUUGCGAAUUCUGGUUAGAUAUCCAAACGGGUCCCGCGAAAUUUUCCAUUUCUCUGAAAACGAUCCAAUUGAGAAGUUGUUCGAUGCGAUUAUCUCGAAACCAUUUUGUCCGGCUUACUUUUACGCCAAGUCUAUUCGGCCGAGCUUGCCUAUCAAAUGCUACCCGAAAUGGUAUACAGAAGUGCUUUCGAAGGAAUUUCCCGAGCAGAAUGAGAAUGUGUCAGCGAGUUUGGCUCAAUCAAUGACAAUCGGGCAGCAUUCAAUUCAAAACGAUUUCAUUAUUUUCAUAAAUGCGUUUCAUUAA